AUGACCGGAUCCGCGGUAACUCUGGUGAUCAAUUAUCCCACAGAGAGGGGGGGGGGGGGGGGUGAGGGGGGGGGGUGCCCAGGAGAGGGGCCAAAGCAGUGGGCACAGGACAACAGAUACCCCCCUCCUCCCUCCACCCAUAGAGCUGUUUCUGUGAGGCUGAAUGGGGCAGAGCGAGCUGAGGACCCAGAGAGUCCAGACCGCUGCGGAGAAACCACCUCCACGCCAGGAAAGAUGGCGUCCCCCUCCCCCUCGUCCUCUCGGGGCCCCUCCCCUCAGAAAGUGUGCCACUCUCAGACUCAGACGGACGUACUGAAGCCGCUGCUGGGGGCGGCCAUUGCUGGAGUGGGCGGAGCUCUGAGGAAAAGGAGGCGUGUCAUGUCCAAAGAUGGCCGCAGCAACAUCCGCAUCGAGCACCAGAGCGGCCGCAGCGCCCUCUACCUGCGGGACCUGUGGACUACGUUCGUGGACAUGCAGUGGAGGUACAAGUUCUUCCUGUUCACCGCCACCUUCGCCGGCACCUGGUUCGUGUUCGGCGUCUUAUGGUACAUGGUGGCGCUGGUGCACGGAGACCUGCUCGCCCCGGUCCCACCUCGGUCCAGCCCCGGUCCAACCUCGGUCCAGCCCCGGUCCCACCUCAGUCCAGCCCCGGUCCAACCUCGGUCCAGCCCCGGUCGCACCUCGGUCCAGCCCCGGUCCCACCUCGGUCCAGCUCCUUUCCAACCUCGGUCCAGCCCCGGUCCAACCUCGGUCCAGCCUCGGUCCAACCUCGGUCCAACCUCGGUCCAGCCCCGGUCCCACCUCGGUCCAGCCUCGGUCCUGGUCGGUCUAUAG